CAAACAUGCAGAUUGCACCGGGUACAGGACCUUCUGGGACGCCGCUGCGGCUCGUCCGCUUCAACAAGACCUCGAUCCUAUUCUCCUGUGCCUUUCUUUUCAACCUCGCCUUGAUGCCGCUCAAAGCCUACACGACCGAGCCGCUGCCGUGGACGUACCUCGUAGAGCCCACCGUCAGCGUCGCGGUCGGCCCGCAUGAGACCUUUGCCGCCUACGAAGCACGCACGAUUGCGUUCUAUCGACCACUCUACUCUGCGCUCGAGGUCACCACCGCCUGCAACUACGUCUACGACACCAACCAAGACGUCGACAUUCUCUGGUGCCCGCUCGACCUCGCUUCCAACAGCUCGUUUACCUUUGUGGGUAUUCCUGGCUCGACCUUUUACUCCAAUCGCGCGCGAAAUUGGGUGUUUGCAGCCAGCGUCGGCCUGCGCAACACCUCGGACACGGCAUUGGUCGAGCUCGGGACGCUCUUUGGGCAGCCGUCGUCGGUCUCGGCCGUCUGGAUCGACGACUCCCGCUGCAUUUACUUUGCAGCGCAGCUUAGCCGCGGCUCGCGCACGUGGCUCUACUGCAAGUUUGGCUUUCGCGUCGGCAUGACCUUGCUGAUUCUGUACCGUCUCUGGUCGACGUACUAUGUGCACUACCGGUCGCUGGCGAGAGCACUCCGGCGGUUUGGCGCCGGCGGCUUUGGCGAGCGAUUGGAAAUCAUUGUCGGCGAUCCGACGUGCCUUAUUCUGCAAAACACGUGGAUCUGCGUGCUGUUUGUGAUUGAUUUCUGGUGCAGUCUGGAAGUCGUCGGGCAGUGUUUUGUGCGCAUUGGCCAGACACAAAAUUUUAUGACGUUUGGCCUUGCGACCUUGUACCUCUCACGCACCGUUUGGUUUGCCUACUUGACGCUCAACGUGAGUGGCUACGUGGUGCGGCGCAUGGCGUCCGAGCAUCGCUGCGCCCAAGCCGAUCCGACCAGCGUCGCGGUUGUCGUUGCCAUUGCCGUCGGCCCGAUGACGUACCUUCAGCUCCGCAUUCCGUUCUUUAUUGACGUCUACCACUUUUUGUUUACGUGCAUUUUACCAUCCGAGCGGUACUGGGACUACAAGGAGGACGCGCUGCCAGUGCUCUUCUACUCGAUGCUCGUCGGCUUCCUACCGCUCGCCUACGGUUUUGGCAUGCCCGUGCUGCGCAGCGCGCUGUACCGGCUCCGACAAGUUGUGUGGGUGCGCACCACAGUUGCGGCCGUCGACCACUCGCUCCGCCGCCUCUCGCUCGUGAUUACACGGACGCUGCCCACCGCGUCGAUGGCGAUUGAGGACGAGGACGAGUUUGGGCAGGUGAGUUUCAACGACUGGAAGCACCGGAUACUCUUCGCCUUGGUGUUUGGCUGCUGCCGCCCCAAGGCGCGUGUUCCCAAGAUCUACAAGGGCGGGUCCAUUUACUUGCUCUUUUCGACCCACCGCCACUACCAGCGCAACGCAGCGUUUAGCUUUCGAGGCAGCGACUGCUAUGUGAUUUCGCACAUGACGACGGGUGUGACGUCGUACCGCUUGAGUUUGAUCGAUGCACUGCACCUCCCACGUCACGCUGGUAUCGCGUGCGGUGUGUGUCCGACCUCGGCGUUUGGACAUAUUGCCUACGAUAAGGACGGCGUGGCCACGCUUGAGUAUGGCACCGACGGAUCGCACUGGAUUCUCUAGUCGAUUGUAUGCAAACAAGAAGAGAAUUUGCCAUCUCCAUGGCAUCACAAACGAGUACCCAUUGU